GUCAAUGGAAAGAACAAAGGCCAGGUCUGCUGAACAGCUAACAUGCUGAGACUCCGCAAGUGGGGGUUUCUGGUUCUGACCACUGUUCAGUUCAUGCUGGGAAUGCUGGGGAAUGGUUUCAUAGGGUGGGUCAAUGGCAGCAGCUGGUUCAAGAGCAAGAGGAUCUCUUUGUCUGAUUUCAUCAUCACUAACCUGGCUGUCUCCAGGAUUGUUUUGCUGUGGAUUCUCUUGAUUGAUAGUGUUUUACUGGUGUUCUCUUCCAAACUACAUGAUGAAGGGAUACUCAUGCAAAUUAUUGAUGUCUUCUGGACAUUUACAAACCAUCUGAGCAUUUGGCUUGCCACCUGUCUCAAUGUCUUCUACUGCCUGAAAGUGGCCAGUUUCUCCCAUCCUACGUUCCUUUGGCUCAAGUGGAGAGUUUCCAGGGUAGUCGUAUGGAUGCUAUUGAGUUCCCUGCUCUUAUCAUGUUGCAGCGCCAUCUCUCUGAUCCGGGAAUUUAAGAUGUAUUCUGUUCUCGGUGGAAUUGACGAAACUGGGAAUAUGACUGAGCUCUUUAGAAAGAAAGAAAAAGAAUAUAAACUGAUCCAUGUUCUUGGGACUCUGUGGAACCUCCCUCCCCUAGUCAUAUCUCUAACCUCCUACUUUCUGCUCAUUCUCUCCCUUGGGAGGCACAUGAGGCAGAUGCAUAAAAAUUGUGCCAGCCCCAAAGAUCCCAGUACCGAGGCCCACAGGAGGGCCAUCAGAGUCAUCCUCUCCUUCCUCUUUCUCUUCCUACUCUACUAUCUUUCCUUUUCAGUUUUAACAUCCAGUUAUUUCCUACCAGCAACUAAGAUGAUUUCGAUGAUUGGAGAAGAAAUUGCAAUGUUAUAUCCUGUUGGUCACUCCUAUGUUCUCAUUCUGGGAAAUAGCAAGCUGAAGCAGAUGUUUGUGGCAAUGCUCCGAUGUGAGCCUGGUUGUCUGAAGCCUGGAUCCAAGGGAUCUGUUUAUCGAUAGAGCACCUUGGGGUGGGGGAGGGAACCUAGGAGUCCUUAGACCUAGGAAUCCUUAGCCAGGAUCACAGGGCUCUUCCUCACCCUCCUGUGGCACCAGUUCUGUAAUUACUGCUUCAUCCUGUCCCUCUCGGGGACACGUCUCACGGCCUCUCCUUGUAUGGUUGCUUUGAAGAGGCGGAAAUAGUCUGGAAUAUGUAGACAUGGAGUUGUAUUUUAAUAGGUAUCAACUCAACAUCAUGAGCUUAUUACUAGCUUUAACUUCAAGUUUAUAUGACAGUGAUGUAGUGAACUAGAGGGGAGAGAGCAAAAGCAUUGUAGUCCCACAGGCUCGGGUUUGAAUUCUGGUUCAGUCUGUUUUCCAACUUUUUUUGGCCUUAGGGGAGUUACUUUAAUUACCUGUUUGAUUCUGUCUUUCCCCAUUUUAAAAUGCAGACUGUGAUACUGACUUCACAGGGUUUUAGAGAUUCAGAAGACAAUGUGUGCUGUCAUUUCAGCACAGCUUAUU